AUGAAUAAAAGCAAGCCUAUAAAUUCGUUCAUGAUAUAUAGGGCAGUUGUUCACAAUUUCUUCAAAGCAAAGAAUAUCAAAUAUUCUUGCAGUACUGUUUCCAAGAUUGCAAGCAAACUGUGGAAAAACGAAUCCGUAGACGUUAAAAAUGUGUAUAAACAACUGGCUGAAACAACGAAAUAUCAUGAGAAGAAUUUUGAAUCCGAACUCAUUAAUAAUGUCGAAAACCUUACUUCUCUUGUGACCACUACUACAAACGUUACUCCUUCGGUCAACACCGAACCUAUCCUAAUGUUCCUUCAGGCCAACUCCGAAUCUAUCCUAGAUGUUCCUUCAGUCAACACCGAGCCUAUCCUAUAUGUCCAAUUUCCAGCUUUUCCAAUAAAUAUUAAUUCACCACAAAUCAUUAAUGAUAUUGUUAUUAUUUCAAUGCAAACUUUGAAUUUCCAAUAUAAUCAUACGAUUGUUUCUUUAAACAUUGAACCCAUUAAUGUCAAACCUUUUCUAUAA